GGGGCGGGCUCCGGGCGGCGCCUCCCGCAGCGGGGCCGGGGCGGCUCUUUCCGUCGCUCGCCACCGCCGCAGCAUGAGCGGGCCGGGGCUGCUGGGGCCCGGUGGCGGCGCGGGGCUGCCGCCGCUGCCCAAGAGCCUGAGCGGGCUGCUGAACUCCUCCUCCUCCGGCGGCGGCGGCCAGGGCGGGCGCUGGCGGGACCUGGAGCGGCUCUACGCGCAGAAGUCCCGCAUCCAGGACGAACUGAGCGGCGGCGGCCGGGGCUCGCCGCGGCCGCCCAAGCCUCCCAACCUGGACGCGGCGCUGGCCCUGCUCCGCAAGGAGAUGGUUGGCCUUCGGCAGCUAGAUAUGUCAUUGCUGUGUCAGCUGUAUUCCCUGUAUGAAUCCAUUCAAGAAUACAAAGGUGCCUGCCAAGCUGACACUAAUGCAGACUGCACGUAUGCUCUGGAAAACGGUUUUUUUUGAUGAAGAGGAGGAAUACUUCUAGAAGCAGGAAGAUUCGCUUCCAGGCUGACUGAGGUUCUUUUGUCUUUUUCUCCCUGUAACACACCUCAGCAAGAACAACUGGAAUCUGUAUGGAUCCCUCUUCCUGAGGAGGAACACACAGCUACCCCAAGUUGUGUUAAAUUCGCUUAUUUUAACAGGCUGUCAGUACAAGUUACUCAUGCAAAUACCACUUGAGGAAAGUGCUGUACUCUAACUUUUGAAGAGUCCUCAGACAUGCUUGACAAGAGUUUUCAAUUUAAUUUGCAAGGUGGGUGUUUUCAACUUACAAACGUUGGUAGCUUAUAACUGGAAUUUCAAUUGUAGAAGACAGCAGUGACUUCCUGAGCUGUAAUAACGUGGUAAGGGGGGAGGGAAGCCUCUGCUGUGGUGUAAAUAGCUAUAGGUGAUAUUUUUUUUUUGUCAACGGUAUUGAUAAAUGCAUUUUGAACAGGCAUCUGGAUGCACGCACAUUCUCAGCUCUACUAAGCUAGUUCUGCUCUUACCAGCUGCAUCCAGUUUGUACUGGGUGGAUUGUUUACACAGUUCAAAUUUUUUUUUUUUUUCUCCUUAAGCUAAUUUUUACUUUUCCUUAUUCCUAGCUUACAAGCUGUACAUGUGAUAGUGAAUGUUAUCAGCAGGUUUUUUUCUGUUGAUCUAGUUCACUUUUUUGGUACUGCCACUUGGCAUUAACUUUUAUACUAUUGUCUGGAUUUCUCGCAUCAACAUGGCUCUUUGACCUGCUAAACUCUGUUCUGAAAUGGUUUGCUUAGCUUUUGCUGUACUGCACAGUAAAAGCACAGAUUCAAACAUAGUCUCUCUGCCACUAUGUGGCUUGGAAUAACAUGAACUGUUGUGCAAGUGUUCUUGAUCAUAUUGAAGAAUAAGGAAACCUCUCAUAUGACACAGUGGGACAAAUGGCAAUAUUUUAUACUGGGCGAACUUUGUUUCUGUAAGGUAGAAUACAGCUCUUUUUAAAAAUGCAAAAUAAGUAUUUUGAGCACAUACUUUGCAUAUGUUAAAACUUUUUAUACUAGUUCUUUGAAGUAUAACUUAUUUUUGUUUUCAGAACUUACUAAAGCACUUGCUUAAGUUUUUGUUAUUUGAUAGUGUGUACAUGUAACACUUAAUCAGCUUGGAAAAUGAGAGUUGCCAACUAUCUGAGUCUUCACACUUCCCUAUUUUAAGUAAAAUCAGUUCCCAACGCAAGUUGUAUUUCUUAACUUCAAUUCUAAAGAUUGCUGUAAAGCAUAGUGCCUGAAUCUUGACACAAACUAAUAAUCAAGGGCUUAAAUCUCAAAGGGGUUUUGCAUGGUUCAUGUCUGGCAUGCAUACAGUUUACAGAAAGAAUUAGAGAUCAUGUUCUGGGGUAGCUACUCUUGUCAUUUUUAGCAAAGGUUAGGAUGUUGCAGUGAUAAAAGCCAAGAGGCUUCCAGGGUGGAGUUUUUGUGCAUUCCCUCUAAAACCGGCUUAUUUUAGUGGAAUUUAAAGGCCACAAGAGUAAAGACUGUGCUGUAAUUGUGUAUGUGUGUACGUUUGUGGUCUAGUCUGUGGCAAUGGUUGGAUUUUUUUUUCAUGUUAGUCCUGGUCUGAUUACUUCACUCGCCCAAAACUAAAAUGAAUGGUAAGGCGAACGGAGGUAAUCCAAGUGGCUACAUCAAUACUUAAAAAGUUGUGUACAUAUGUGUGUAUAUACGUAUAUGUACACAUGUACGUACACAGAACUUAUGCUUUGACUUAAGAAUGUAUCGGCUUUGAAUAUAAUUUGCUGUGCUUUUGGUAUUUAGAUGAGACUUUUUCUAGUCUGUCAAAGUACUGCUAUUUUCUUGCUCUUUCCCAAAAAAUAAAAAGCAUGAUGUUUAGCAUAA